CACCCACCGUGACCAAUGUCUGAACAGCACACUCAUAUUCCAAUCAUGUUACGUUCGGCACUAAAGCAAUCAUCGCAGCCGAGCUCUCCCUGCUUGCUCCCGUUAUCCCCCAUGCCAUCGUCGCCACCACUGUCCCCUCUUCCUUCUUCGUUCCUCACCCUCCCAGCAUCGACAUCGCGACUACCGCCCCCCUCGUCCUCUUCAACACCGCUCUCGCGUUCUCCAUCGGUGAACAUGCAGCAAAGCACGGCUCAACCUGUAGCGGGACAAGGUUACACGCCCAAAGUGUCUUUCGACACCUUCGAAAACCCUGCUGCGUCCAUGUUCUCAUUUACACUGCACGUGCAAUCAGAUGGAUACGCUAGGAACAGAGCGACGAGGGUAUUCCUUUGUGCGUCGAGUCCAGAUGAAAGCGGACGUCAGGCCCUUGAUUGGGCGCUUGAAAGCUUGGUGCAGGACGGGGAUGAGUUGAUCGUCUUCAGAGGCGUCGAUCCAGAGGAUUUAGAGAAGGAUCAUGAAGUCGUUCGAGAAGAAGCACGCGAACUCAUGCGCCAGAUUCAGGAGAAAUGUAUUGAGUACGAUCCAGAGCGGAAGCUCUCCAUCAUCGUUGAGCUCAUUGCUGGCAAAGUGACCACGACUCUCGAACGUUUGAUUGCUCUAUACCGCCCAGAUUCGGUCGUCGUGGGCACAAGGGGCCAGCGCGGCAUGAUGCAAGCCUGGGGUGCAGCGUUUGGCGCUCCAGGUGUAGGCAGCGUAUCAAAAUAUUGUCUCUCCAAUUCCCCCGUACCCAUCAUCGUCGUUCGCCCAGAGAGAAAGGUCAGGAAAGUACUUGCCAAGAGACGAGCCGAUCCAAAGAGAGGGACUCAUUUUGACGAGCUUACGAGGGCAAAGACGCAGAAUAUACAAAGUGUUCCGAUGUCUCCCUCCGUCACUCGAGCGUGAUAGAUUUCAUUAGUGUAUUUUUUUCUGCGACAGUUGACACAUCGACUUUGUACCCAUAGUCACCCUGUAUUUUUAAUACCUGAGAUGGAAUAGGGAUUCUAAGUUAGCAUGUCAGAGGGUCAUAUUUGAGCAUGG